AUGUCUAACGAUGACAUAAAAGAUACAACAUAUCGAUUUGCUGAUGCUGCUAGAGAACCAUGCCAUUAUUUAGUACCAAUCGAAGGUUAUAGUAAGAAACAACUGGUUUCACUCGAAGAAGCCGUAAAAACAAUAAAACAUAUUGUGCCUCGUCUUGAUGGAAAAAUAUAUGCACUUAAAAGACGAGCACUCAAUCCAGCUGAUGGUCUUACGGUUGAUGAAUCCGCUGCAAUUGCAUUAUAUACAUCAGAGUGGGAACCUUAUAAAGAAUCUCUUUAUUAUGUUCUUAAUAGUGCAUUACGUGCUGAAGAUCGUGACGAAUUAAAACCAUGGUUUUCUUAUUUGAAAUUACUUCUUACUGCUAUAUCUCGUCUUCCAAAAAAGAAAAUUACUAUCUAUCGUGGAAUUCAAUUAGAACUUGAAACUGAUUAUGAAAAAUAUCAAGUAGGUUCGGAACCAAUUUGGUGGGGUUUCUCUUCGUGUUCAACAGAUCGAACAAUUGGUGAGAAAAGAGAGUUUAUGGGAGAAAAUGGUCGACAAAUAUUAUUUGUUAUCGAUUGUACCAAUGGAGUAGAUAUUAGCAAGCAUUCAUAUUUCCGAAAGGAAAAUGAAGUAUUACUCUUACCUGGAACUACUGUUAAAGUUAUUCGUCAUAAAAAGAAAAAAGAACAACAGAUCAUUUAUCUUAAAGAAAUCGUAUCAUCAGAAAUUCAUUUGGAACCUCUACCUACGGAAGAAGAUAGUCAACUUCCAGAAGACAAUAUUCCAUCUAUGAAAGAAUUUGAUAUUUCACCUCCAGAUGAAGAUACUCUAUCUAUGCAUGACUCUGAUAUUUCAUCUCUGAAAAACUUUUCUUCAUCUUCGAUACGUAACGAAAAUUCCGAUACAAUAUCAACAGCAACAACAGCAUCAAGUUUAGAAGGACUUACUAGACGUUCUAAGUCUAAAAUUGAGGCAUUGAUGACUAAAUGUAGAGUCCGUGAUGAAAUACACUUGCCUGGAAAAGGUUUUAACACAGAUGAAAUUAGUAUUAUCGCUGUACAAUUAAUUAUCGAUAAACAAUGUACAACACUAUCUCUAUAUGAAAAUAAAAUGAGGAAUAGAGGAGCAAUCACCAUAUCUGACAUCUUAAUGAAUCAGAAUCAUAACACAGUAUUGGAGCGAUUAUAUCUAACUGACAGUAAAAUUGGUGAUAAAGGCGCAAAAGCUCUUGCUGAAGCACUUUCAAAUGAUAAAAAUUUAACUCUUAAAGAACUUUGCUUGGAUGGUAAUAAAAUUACAGAUGAAGGCAUUGAACAUAUAGCAAUAAUGUUGGAAUCAAAUAAAACAUUGACAAAAUUAGGAUUAGCACUGAAUGAAAUACGUGAUCGAGGUUUACAACGAUUAACUGAAGUACUUACAAACAACAAUAAUACUUUACAAAUACUUUCACUUGAACGGAAUAAAUUUCGUAGCAGUACUAAUCUUAGUAUUAUCGGUGAUAUGCUUCGAAAGAAUAAGUCAUUAGCAAAAUUGAAUUUAAGUAGUUGUGGUCUGGAUCGAUCAACUGUCAGAUUACUUAAAAGUCAAGUGGCGAUAACAAAAAUCAAAUGUGAACUAAUUCUGGACUAA